AUGUGCAACAUUUGCCAGUUUGUAAGAUUGUUGGAAAUCAGCCUUGAACCUCUUACAAAGAAAACUGUAACAAUAACUGUUGCAAUGCGUAAUCAUUUGAUCCUGUUGCCGUGGCAAUGCAACCUAGUAGAACAUAUCAUGCAGAGGCUUCUAGCAUUGGGACUCUGGCUUCUUCUUGUGGGCAGUGCAAGCACAAGUGCUGCAGGUAAUGGAGAAAAAGUUAAACCUCUUCAUAUCCAUAGACAUCAACAUGGCCUUGUGCAGUGUGGUUUGGCACAGUCUGUGGCCCUUUCUUGUCUUUUCUCUCUACGUCCUACCCAAUCCGUGCAAGCAUACAAUGUGGUCUCAGAUUUACCGCGCAUUAAAUGGAGUAAAAUUCAGCCUGGGCCGGGCAAGAAAGAGAUAGCUGUUCUUGUGGCAAAAGAGAACGUGGUAAAAAUAUCUAGAGGUUAUGAGGGGAGAGUGUCUCUGCCUGGAUAUGCCCAUAACAGACACAAUGCCACCUUGGUUUUGUCCAAUGCUCGUGCCAGUGACUCAGGUCUAUAUCGUUGUGAAAUUGUCCUGGGAAUUGAAGAUGAGCAAGACACUGUGCCCCUUGAAGUUACUGGUUUGGUGUUUCAUUACCGGGCUGCUAGUAACAGAUAUGCCCUGACAUUCCCCGAUGCGGUACGCUCCUGUGAAGAGAACUCUGGUGUCAUUGCGUCUCCGGAGCAGCUGCAGGCUGCAUUUGAGGAUGGCUUGGACAACUGUGAUGCAGGAUGGCUAUCUGAUCGAACUGUGAGAUACCCCAUCAAAACGCCCAGGCCUGGAUGCUAUGGAGACAGAAAUAAUGUUCCUGGUGUUAGGACGUAUGGAGAGCGAGAACCUCAGGAAACUUAUGACGUGUACUGUUACACUGAGAGUCCUCUAGGAGAUGUGUAUUAUGUGCCUGAAAGGAACUCUCUAGAGGGUGCUCGAAACUCAUGCUUGCUUGAUGGAGGGUCGUUGGCUACAGUGGGUCAGCUGUAUGCUGCUUGGAGAAAGGGUUUAGACCAAUGUGACCCAGGUUGGUUGGCAGACAGUAGUGUUCGCUAUCCAAUACGGAAUCCAAGGAAAAAUUGCGGUGGAGAAGAACCAGGGGUUCGGACACUAUAUCAAUACGCAAAUCGAACUGGAUUUCCUCAUCCUGAGAGGAAGUUUGGGGCCUACUGCUACAAAGAACCUGAUCCAUGUUCUCACAGCCCUUGCCUGCACAUGGGGACCUGUCAAUCUAAUGAGAGCACAUAUAGCUGCAUUUGUCACAAGGGGUACACUGGAGAGAACUGCGAGAUUGAUAUUGAUGAGUGUUUGUCCAACCCCUGUCAGAAUGGAGGGACCUGCAUUGAUGAAAUAAACUCCUUUCUUUGCCUGUGUUUACCAAGCUAUGGAGGAAGCACCUGUGGAAAAGAUACAGAGGGUUGUGAUCACAAUUGGCACAAGUUCCAGGGUUCCUGUUAUCGUUAUUUCCCCCAACGACGGCCUUGGGAAGAGGCUGAAAGAGACUGUCGAAGAAGAUCUGGGCACCUGACAAGCAUUCAUUCUCAAGAGGAGCAGGUUUUUAUCAAUAGUUUUGGUCGUGAGAACACCUGGAUUGGUCUCAAUGAUCGGACAGUGGAGCAGGAUUUCCAGUGGACAGAUAAUACAGCAUUGCAAUAUGAGAGCUGGCGAGAUAAGCAGCCUGAUAAUUUUUUUGCUGGAGGUGAAGACUGUGUGGUCAUGGUUUCCCAUGAUGAUGGCAAGUGGAAUGAUGUCCCAUGUAACUACAAUCUGCCCUAUAUUUGCAAGAAAGGGACUGUACUUUGCAGUUCACCUCCAACAGUGAGAAAUGCACAUAUCAUUGGCAAAAAGAAAGAAAAAUACAGCAUCCAUUCCACUGUGCGCUACCAAUGUCAAGAUGGCUUCAUACAGCGACAUAUACCAACUAUCCGAUGUCACAAGAAUGGAAGAUGGGACAAGCUUAGGAUCCUGUGUGUUAAACCCAGAAGACAUCACAGGACACGAAGACAUCAUCACCAGCACAGACACCAUCAGCACGACCAGCAUCACCACCACCACCACAAUAAUAACAAGCAUCACCACCACCACAACCAUCAUCAUCAUCAUCACCAGCACAAAUCCCACCGUGAAAGGAGAAAAGAGGACCAGCAGCAACUGCAGAGAGCUAAGGACACUUACUAUUGA